GCGGCAGAUUCAAACUCUCCACAGACAGAGAAGGAAGGAAAGAAAGAACUCGCAACUAGACUGACAAAGAGAGAAAGAUAUAACAAUAAAAUACUUUACAAUACCUGUUACCAGCUAGAUAACAACCGUAGACUUUAUUAGAGGAUUUCUAGUAGGAUCAUCUGUAACCCCAAGAUGAGCAUCAGAAUGUCAGCCAGCCUUGUCGUUGUGCUCCUGGCCCUCCUGACCAUUACUGAGGGGAUGAGUCUGAGAGGCAUGGGGGCUGACCUGCGAUGUCGCUGCAUUGAGACGGAAAGCAGACGAAUUGGUAAACUCAUUAAGAAGGUGGAGAUGUUCCCUCCCAGCUCGCACUGCAGAGACACUGAGAUCAUUGCCACUCUGAGCAAGAGCGGUCAGGAGAUUUGUCUGGAUGUCAGCGCUCCGUGGGUCAAGAGGGUCAUUGAGAAGAUGCUGGCCAACAACAAAUGAAGAGGGGUCAUCAUUCCAUGGGUCAUCAUUCCAUGGGUCAUCAUUCCAUGGGUCAUCAUUCCAUGGGUCAUCAUUCCAUGGGUCAUCAUUCCAUGAAUUCUCAAGAUACAAACCAAAUAAGUAUUUAUAAGCUUGAUAGGCUGAAUUCUAUCAUGUUCUAUCCAGGUUGGAAUACAACAUUAGAUUUAGAGUGGCAUGAGACUGUUUUAAGUGAAAAGACAGUCGGUUUCUUAUAUACAACCAAGUACUAUGUACUAAACUUAUAUUUUAUUUUAAUUUAUAAAUUGUUUUUCUUUCAUUGUUAUAAUCAAAUUAUGAGAUUUACAUGCAUUCCGGUUGUAUUGGAAUGAUUUCGUAAUACAAACCUCAGUAUAUUUAUUGAUAUAUUUAUUUGCCUAUUUAUUCAAAUUAAACUGUUGGAUCAUGUUGAAACUUCCAAUCUAAUUCAAUUACAAUAAAUGCGUGAAAAAAAA